AACUCAUGAAAACUCAUUUACUAGUCACAACUCUAAGAGGUAAGUUCUACUAUUAUUGCCCCCCUCUUCUUUUUUUACUAGAUGAAAAAACAGGCAAAAAAGAUAAACUGCCAAAGGUCACACAAAGUAGAAGAGGGCAAAGCUUGGAUUUGAACUCCUGGGAGCCUGCUUCCAAAGCCAGGCCUUAACUACCACUCUUUAGCUUCUUCUAUACAUGCAGAAGCACAUAGACAUGGGUAUGUGCCCAUACAUAUACAUAUUGUCAUGUGCCCUUGCAUGCCUUUACAUAUGUGCAUGAAGGGCAGGGGGAGGAAGAAAAACUUGCUAAACAAGAUGGAACAACCAGAGACCAAGACUACAAAGCAUAUCAGAGAGUAGCAGGCAUGAAAAAUAUUCCUUGGCUGAGAAACUAGAUCACUGAUAAACUUGGAACAGCUUCAGCUCUUAUACAGGAGGAGUAAGGGUGAAAGCCAGAUUGCAUCUGAAGUAUUCUUGUUGAGAAGAAAGUGAUAAUAAUUCUGAAAAGCAAUGGGUCCAGGGGAAGAAUCCAAUACAUAACAAUCAACUCUUUAGGUUAAUUAGCAUCUAGCAGGUAGGCUGGCCCCAUCCUGUUGAGUUGUGCCUUACCCUACAAAGCAUGGCCAGCCUUUCAGGAUUCGGUGUCAUACUGAUGGGGUUCCUGUCCUAAGCAAUUUUUUACAUCAUAAACUGUGAUAAGGAACGACUCAUAUUUUGUAUGUUAUAAUGUUUACAUCAAAACCACAUACUCAGUCCACCGUAAAAGAACAAACAAAAAGAGAGGAAGCUGUCGCCACCAGCAAUUCACAAGGUUUAGAAACCACAAUUUGAACAUCUGUUGAGGAUCCUCUAAUUCACACCUCUUAUUUAACUGCCCACCACGCACCAGUUGUUGGAUCUCUUAAAUGCACCCAAAGAUCUGCUUCCUGGAUUGUAGCUAGUCAUCCUUGCAAAAUUCAAAUUUUUAUUAUAUCAUGUUAAUGGCUUACAAUGCUUCACUGGCUUUCCUUUGCACUUGAUAAAGACCAAAAGACUCAACUUCGCUUGAAGGUCUUGCAGCAGCGAUUCUUGCCUAUCUGGUCAGCCUCACAGAGACCACGUUUCAUCUUUUCUACUUCCUCCUCCCUAUCUCCCCUUGAGGUGCCAGCCAAACCAACCUCUUUCAGGCCCUCCUGUACCAAGAUCUCUAGAGCUCAGAGCCUUCUCAUUGGCUCUUCUUUCAGCCUUGAAGACUUUUACCCUCGAAUUUGUUCAAUAACUCAAUUUCACCCCUCAAAUUUCACCUUAAAUGUCACUUCCUCAGAAGACCUCGGUGAGCCUGAGUCGAGGUGGGGCACAAUUCUACAGGGUGGGACAGACCCACCCCCUCACCCAUAGAGAUGCAAACUGCUCCAUCGAGGCGACUGUUCCUCUUUUGUUUCAAGGUUUUACUAUCUCCUGACGUACAACCCUAGAGUAAGAGAAGCAGCUCCGCCACAAAGCUUUCCAUUCAUAGUGUCUGAGAGGAGGAGGGUGUGGUGGUGACGCUUUUAAAACUAACCUGCCACCUUACUUCGAUCCUCAAGUUACUCACAGGAAUAAAACGAGUAAGAUCUGAAAAGGUUGCCACUGGAAAUUACAUGAUUAGUUGAAGACAACAAUGACCUAAUCACUGAGGGAAAUGCCCCCAGCUACUCUCAGAAUCUCUUCCCGCUCUCCUCCUCCGUCAGGGUUAUUGAGCAUGCGCAGACCCAUUACCUGCCCACUUCCGGGGGACCCACCAAUCACGGAGCAGGCUGAGUGUGCGCCUCUAACGUGGAACCCGCCCCCUCAGGUGUGGAGUCUCCUGUGCUUUGCUGAACCAGGCUCUGAGGUAUCUGCAGUCUCAGGUCUGAGAGGAGCCGAGCCGUGUGUUCCAGUGCUUCACAAGGUAUCGUCUUGAAGCUGGCAGUCACCUGGGAACUUCUUAGAAAUACAGCUGAACUGAAUCAGAAAUACACCACCAACUGAAUCGGAAACCCGGGCUGUGACCCAGCCAUCUUUUAUCAAGACCUACAGUGAAAAGAAAACUGAAGCUCAGAGAAAUUAAUUUGGCCAAGGACAUAUAACUCGGAAGGAUUCCUUGUCUUGGACCUAAGGCUACAUUUUUGAACAAGAAAGCCACUAAGCUUGACUUCACAUCGAGAGGAAAGAGCAGCAGCCCAGCUCACGUGUUCUCAUAUGCAAUAGACUGCAGCCUGUGAUGUGUUUUUGGCAAUAGACUCUGGAGCUAAGGGACAGAGGGAUAAACAAGUUAGUAGAGGCUGCCAUCAAUAUACCAAGCCAGUGAAACAAAGCUGUUCAGUUUGCGAGGUCUGGGGGAGGAUAUCCACUGCUUAUUGAGUCUUGAGCACUAGAGAGCCAGGACACAUUAUCUAAAGGACCCAUUAUCUUACCCAUCACCUUUGUUCACGGCUCAAUGGAGUUUGUGACAGCCCUGGCAGACCUCCAAGCAGGGGCUAGCUGUCCCAUCUGUCUGGACUACUUGAAAGACCCAGUGACCAUCAGCUGUGGGCAUAACUUCUGUCUCUCCUGCAUCAAUAUGUUCUGGAAGGAUCUAAAUGAUACUUUCCCUUGCCCUUUUUGCCGAUUUUGCUGUCCAGAAAGGAAAUUCACGAGCAAUCUCCAACUGGGCAAUUUGACUGAAAUUGCUAAGUUACUCCAGAUAAGAAGAAGCAAGAGGAAGAGGCAGGAAGAGAAGCUUGUAUGUGAAAAGCACAAUCAGGUUUUGACCUUUUUCUGUCAGAAAGAUCUAGAGGUUUUAUGUCCACGAUGCAGUUUCUCCACUGAUCACCGGAAUCACUAUGUUUGGCCCAUAGAGAAGGCUGCCCCCUAUCAUAAGAAAAGAUUGGAGUGUUGCAUUGAGCCCUGGAAGGAGAGAGUGGAGCAGGUUGAAAAAGUGAUAACUAUGCAAACCAGAAAAUCAUUGGAACUAAAGAAGAAGGUAGAAUAUAGGAGAGAAGAAAUAAAGUCUGAAUUUGAGCAACUUACGUUGUUUCUUCAAAAUGAGCGAGAGACUGUUCUUCAGCAAUUACAAGAUGAAGAAGUGGAUAUUUUAAAAAAACUAAAUGAAAACCUAACAAAAUUUUCAGAUCAUGUUUCUACAUUAAAAUGUCUAUUAAAGGAGAUAGAGAGCAAAUAUGUGAAAUCAGAACUGGGAUUACUGACAGAUGUUAAACGUAUGUACCAUAGAUAUAAAACCUUAAAGUCCCCUGAACCUUUUUCAUUCCAAUUAAAGGAGUAUGGUUAUUGUCUUCCUCCACAAUAUUCUGGCCUAAACAAAAUUAUCAAGCAAUUUCAAGUGGAUGUAAUUCUUGAUCCUGAAACAGCACAUCGUAAACUUAUUGUCUCAGAAGAUAGAAAAACUGUGCAAUAUGGAAAUACAAUGCAAAACUUACCUCAUAACCCAAGGAGAUUUUAUCUCUGCCCAGCUGUUCUGGGUUCUGAGGGAUUUAAUUCUGGCAGGCAGUAUUGGGAGGUAGAAGUGAAAGACAAGCCUGAAUGGAUCAUGGGUGUCUGUAAAGACUCUCUUCCCAGGAGGAGGAGGAGGAGGAGUCUGAAUCAACCGAUGUUAGUACAGGAUGGAUUAUGGGGUAUUGGGCGAUGUAGUCAGAGUAAUUAUGUUGCAUUGGGUCCUAAAAAAAUUAAUCUUCUGCCAAAAGUAAUACCUAGUAAGAUCGGCAUUUUUUUAGACUGUGAGUUGGGUGAAGUUUCCUUUUACAAUUUGAAUGAUAGAUCUCUUCUCUAUAUUUUUAAUGAUUAUUUUACAGGAGCACUUUGGCCUUAUUUCUAUACUGGAACUGAUUCAAAACCUCUUAAAAUCUGUACAAUAACAGAUUCUGAAUGCUGAGCUAUUGUAAGACUCUUAAUUGUUUCUUUUUCUUUUCAGUUAGUGGACAAAACUAAGCCAGUGAAUCUAGUCUCAACAAUGUCUGUUUUUAGUUUUCCCUUUAAACAAUCAGAAUGGUUUUUAUCUCAGUUUCAGCAGCUCCUGAAGAAUGUGGUUAUAAUGCCUACUUACAGAUAAAUUAUGGGAUCCAAUUGGAAAGUGCUUUAGAGAUUCCAAGAUUUUAAAAAUAUGCUUAAAAAAGAAUAAGCCUUUAUUAAAGGCAUUCAUGACCACUCCAGGACCACCUGCUCUGUAAAGGUAGCCACUUUCAGCUUUCAUCUGUUUACCUCAAUGUUUCUCAGUAACAUGUUUUGUUGUUUUUACUCUGUGUGUGUCUUUAUCAGUCUUGACUUAGUACUCUGGAAAAUGAGGUAGUGUCCCCACCACAUACAGACACCAUAUACUUAUGUAUAUACACACAAUCAAUAGAUAAUCUUCCCUCUGUUCCCAGUUGGCCAACAUACCCUCCAGCUCUGUUGAGCUGCCAUCCUUCACCUCAUGUUGGGAACUGACCUGUCUUCUGGGAAUCCUGGUUGAUUUAGUUGUGUGUUUUUCUCCUUAGGCUUACUCUGUUCGGGGAAUCACGUCUUUCAGUAGAUCACAGAUAUGUAAAAUUUAGAAGAACUUACAUCAACAAAAAAGACUGCUGAAUCUUUAGAUCAGUUUGGGGAGAAUUGACAUUUUGCCGAUAUUGAGGCAUCUAAUCCAUGAGCUCAUUUAUUUGGGUCUUUGACUUCCCUCCAAUAUUUUGUAGUUUUCAAUAGACAUGUCUUUAACAUCUUCUGUCAGAUUUAUCCCUAAGUAGAGUCCAUUGGAUUUUCUGCAGAAAUGAUCGUGUCAUCUGCAAAUAAAGACAUUUUUACUUCUUUUACAAUCUAGGUCCUUUUUCUUGUCUGAUUGCCUUGACUAGGACCUCCAGCACAAUAUUGGUUCUUAACGUGUUUUAUGACUGGUUUUACCCCUCAUUUUACUGCUCACAUUUCCUCACUUAAUUUCUCUACUUUUUUCUCUUAUUACCUUUAUUACCUAACUUUGAUAGCUCUCAGUCUUCACAUAAAAUAAUUUUUGUUUAAUACUGUCAAUUUAAUAUUAUCUAACCAUUUCCCCACUGAUGGAUGUUUAUUUAGGUUAUAUCUAACUUUUGCAAAUAAUGUACAGUGAAUGCAUAUUUAUACUUUUAAUAAAAUAUUUAAAGUGUAGAGCACAGUGAAAAAGAAAACACCCAUGUAUCCAUGACCCAAAUUAAUAGAACAUUAACUUCACCUUUGAAGUUCCCUUUGUGCUCUUCAACCCCAGCCUCUUCACUUCCUGGUCCUAGCUAGUUCCCACCACUAAUCUUAGUUUGGUAUUCCAUUGUUUUCCUAACCUUUUGCCAUGUAUAUUUGUAUCCCUAAACAAUAUGUUGUUCAGUUCCACAUGUUGUUUAAUUUUACAUAAAGUUGAUACUGAAUUAUUCUGUGUCUUGUAUUUUUUUCCUUCAACAUUAUGUUCAUGAGAUUCAUCAUGCUUUUGCUUAAGGCUGUACUUUGUUUUUAUUCUACUUCUGAUGGGUACUCAAUCUGAGACUUUCACAAACAGCUGCUAUGAAAGUUAUACAUCUGGUUUCUUUAGAGAGGGAGUUGCUGGACCUUCACCUUUAUUGGAUAAUUUCAAAUUAUUUUCCAAAGUCUGUGCCAAUUUACACUUCCAUCCACGGUGUACAAAUUUCUUAUUGCUCUGCAUCAACGGUACUUUAUUUUUUAAAUUUUUUACUAAUUUGCAAGAUGUUAAAUGUUAUCUCUGGUUUUAAUUGUAUCCGUGAUUUCUAAUAGAAUAUAUUUUCAUAGGUUUAAUAAGCAUUUCUGUUUCUCUUCUGUAAAAUACCUGUUCU